CCCAGCUGGUGCUCCCUGCCCUCUCACAAUUGGAACUCGCCGAAAGCAGCCAAAUAGAGAGAUAGGACAAAGAAGCCUCGCCCUUACUACGAUUUGAGUCGUGGAAAUACACCAACUCACCGAAUCCUACAGCCUGCGAUUUUGUUGUUAUUGACGAUUUGGAAGCUUGUCGACGUGGUACUAUCGUAGUUGAACAGUCCCUAGACUGAACUUGGUGACUUCCCGAAAAGAAUAGUCUGCUUGGUGGGGCAUUUUUUCACCUUGUCUGCUCUGGCUGAACCCCACCACUGUUUGCGGCGCACAAAAUCUCAAAACUUGACGGCAGAAGAUCCAGUCGCCCCGUGGCAGCGCAACAUCAAGAGAACGCAGCCCAUUUUCGCAGAGGCUUUUACGAGAAACAAAUUGAUCUUCGCAGCAUGGCGCCGUCAUUCGACCAUUUGCGCGAGGAAGAUCUCGACGAGGAGGAUUUCGAUGUUGACGAUGUGGAUAUUUCUGAUCUCCGGGAAAAAUACGAAGUCCAGCUCGAGCAGGGCUACGACACCUUUGUUGUGAUCGAUGGACUGCCGCAAGUCGACGAGCAACAGAAACCAAAACUCAUCAAAUUCCUGCUGAGAAAGCUAAACACGGUCGGUCGGACUAGCGAGGAUGCCAUCUUCAUGCCCAUGGGCGAUGAUGGAAUGUCAUUGAGAUUUGCCUUUGUCGAGUUUUCCUCCCCCGCGGAGGCGGCCGCCGCGGUGCGGCAGCUUGAUCAAGUGCCACUUGAUAAGAAGCACACCAUGCGCGUCAACAAGCUCACUGACAUCGACCGGUAUGGGCGGGAAGGACGAGUAGAAGAGGAGUAUACCCCGCCGAAAAUUGAAGAGUUCCAAGAAAAGGAGCAUCUCCGUUGGUUUUUGGCGGACCCCAGUGGACGCGGCAGAGACCAGUUCGUUAUGUUCAGGGGGGACACUGUGGGCGUCUUCUGGAACAAUGAGAAGGACCAGCCCGAGAAUAUCGUUGACCGGCAACAAUGGACAGAGACCUUUGUUCAGUGGUCACCGUUGGGAACCUAUCUCACUUCUGUACAUGCGCAAGGUGUACUUCUGUGGGGCGGCGCAUCGUGGUCUAGGCUUCGGCGAUUCGCCCAUCCCUUCGUCAACCUAGUCGCCUUCUCGCCCAACGAAAAAUACCUAGUCACUUGGUCGAACCGUCCGAUCGCCAUCCCCGACAGCGGGCAUCCUGCCCUGUCUAUCGACGACGAUGGCAAGAACUACGUCAUUUGGGACAUAGAGACGCAGAAGCCCUUGCGGUCCUUUGCCCAACUUGAUACACCCGCCGGCGAAGAGCAAGGCCCCAAGAAGCCACCCAAGUUUCCGUGGCCCGCGUUCAAGUGGUCUGCCGAUGAUAAAUACGUGGCAAGGCUUAAUCAGGGCACCUCUAUCUCGGUAUACGAGCUUCCGCGAAUGAAUCUGCUUGACAAGACCACGGUUAAGAUCGAAGGAGUGAUGGACUUUGACUGGGCGCCAGCCACUCCGAAACGGGAUGGUGUCAAGACAUACGAGCAGCUGUUUUGCUUCUGGACCCCCGAGAUUGGUAGCAACCCUGCCAGGGUCGGGUUGAUGAGCAUUCCCUCCAAAGAGAUUGUCCGGUCUUCGAAUCUCUUCAGCGUCUCGGAUGCCAAGCUGCACUGGCAAUCGGAUGCGUCAUAUCUCUGCGUCAAGGUUGACCGGCAUUCCAAGUCCAAGAAGUCACAAGCCACGACGCUUGAGAUCUUCCGCAUCAGGGAGAAGGGCGUACCCGUCGAAGUGGUCGACACGAUCAAGGACACAGUCAUUAACUUUGCCUGGGAGCCCAAGGGCGAUCGGUUUGUCAUCAUCACAACAACGGAGCCGGUUGGCGCUACAGCUGUGCCCCCUAAGACAGCAGUUUCCUUCUUUUGUCCUGAAAAGGCAAAGGGCAACGCGGUUGGCAAUUUCAAGCACCUGCGAACGCUCGAAAAGAAAAACAGCAACGCCAUCUACUGGUCACCAAAGGGCAGAUUCGUCGUUGUUGCCACGGUCGCCAAUCAACAAAGCUCGGAUCUGGAUUUCUUCGACCUCGACUUUGAGGGCGAGAAGCCGGAGUCGGAGAAGGACCUGAAGGCGAAUCUGCAGCUGAUGAAUACAUCAGAACACUAUGGAAUGACUGACGUCGAGUGGGAUCCGUCGGGUCGCUAUGUCGCUACCUGGGCGUCAGCCUGGAAGCACUCGAUGGAAAACGGCUACCACCUGUACGACUUCAAGGGUGAACAGCUGCGCGAGGAACACAUUGAGAAGUUUAAGCAGUGGGCGUGGCGCCCACGCCCGCCAUCGUUGCUCACCAAGGAGGAGCAGAAGCAGAUCCGCAAGAACCUGCGUGAGUACUCGCGCGUGUUUGAGCAGGAGGAUGCCGAGCGCAUCACGAGCGCCGAUGUGGCCGUGGUCGAGCACCGGCGCCGCGUGCUCGACGAGUGGUACGCGUGGCGCGACGCCAUGGAGAAGGAGCUCGCCGAGGAGCGUGCCGCGCUGGGCCUGCCCGCCGAUCCCGUUGGCGAGCUGCUCAGGGCCAAGGCGGCCGAGAUUGCCCCCGACGGGCAGGAGCAGGUCAUUGAGGAGAUUAUGGAGGAGGUGCUGGAGGAGACGGAGGAGAUUGUCAACUAAUUAGACAAGAAAGGGAUCUGAUUUGUUCUUGAGCCUGCAAUCUACCCAUCUCCGCACUGCUUCUUGCUCAUCUCAUCAGUGCGUCGAGUCGAUCUUAACCAAGAAUUACACUGGGAAUAACUACUAGUGUUAAAGGGGGAUCCGACAGUCAGGGUCCUUUGCUUUUUUCUUUCUUGUUGUCACCAGGGUUCACGAUUACGAGGCCGAAAGUGGAAAAGAAGAGAUGAAUCCAAGCCAAGGCUCUAGUUGGGCGGCGUGUCGUCCGCGCAUCGCCCGCGUAUCGCCCGCGCAUAGUCCGCGCAUAGUCCGCGAACAGUGUAAAUGGGCCACCGUGUACGGAGGUAAAUGAUCGGCGGUUUCCAUCAGGGGGUUUCCAGAAGUCUAUCUGUACAGUACAUGACUGGUGCUUAUGCUGAAGUGUGU